AUGGGCUCCGGAGAUUCUAACCCGUGUUUCAUUUACCCUCCAGCGCGAGAGCCUGAGGCCAUGAAACCUACCAUACUACCACUUGACGGCACAGCUUCUGCUAAUAGAACAGGAGCCUGGAAAUUAUCUAGACCCUCUAAUCAUACAUUUGCAACGGCCAAUGGCCGGAAACUUAAGGAUGCCGUCCCUCUAGCAUGGCUGGAGCAGGUGUCAAGAAUUGCAAACCAAUGCCAUUGCACGGUAGACGAAAUUGAAGAUAUAUACCCAUGCACCCCUCUCCAAGAAGGAAUGAUGGCGCUCACACUUAAGGACUCUACAGCAUACACGGUGAUGUACACGUAUCACUUGCCACACAGCAUCGAGAUUGAUCGAUUGAAGUCAGCCUGGGAUCAGGCUGCCCAAGCGAACCCCAUCUUACGAACACGAAUAGUUCCCACGGAGCACAGCAGUUGUAUGCAAGUGGUGCUACGGGACUCUGUUCCAUGGAUAGUCCACCAAGGGUAUAGCGCGUGUGACCAAGAGGUGGUGAGCUCUGGCGAUGGACAUAUCCCGGGUGCAAACACAGAGGAGCAGUCGUGUACCAUAUGGCAGGUAGGAUCUCCGCUCGCAAGGCUGAUAUGGGAUCCCUCGGCACAUGUCUUGACAGUAUUAAUGCACCAUGCACUCUGCGAUGACUGGUCAAUGAGGCUUUUGCUGCACGACGUGGAUGCGGCAUACCAGGGGCAAGUAUUGGUAGGCCGGCCUUUUCGGCCAUUGAUCGAGUAUAUUGAGCAGUCAAAGGAGCGGUCUGCCAAUUUCUGGAGGGAGCAGUUCGCCAAUGCGCACCACAGCGAGAUGAAGUCAUUCCCAUCUCUGCCAGUCCCUGGAUAUACCCCGGUAUUGUCACAAGAAUUGACGCAAACCUUCCCCUACAACCAUGAGCGCAGACUAGCGUUCCCCAUAAGCGCCAAGAUACGAUUGGCCUGGGCCAUGCUACAGUCUUCAUAUACGCGAUCGGGCGAUGUGCUCUUUGGAGCAAUCGAUACUGGUCGAGGCAUUCCCUUGAAAGGUAUUGAGGAGCUGAGCGGACCAUCCUUGGUCUGCAUCCCAGUACGGAUUCAGCUUCAGCCACAGCAGACCAUUACAGAUGCACUUCAAUCUAUCCAGUGCCAAUACGCAGAUACAAUGGAAUUUGCACAUAUCGGUCUUCAAUACUUGAUGCACCUUGAGCCUGGUACAGCCGCAGGGUGUCGCUUCAACACGUUGCUCGCUGUCGAGCCAGAGCAGAGUGGGCCGGUCCCCUCAAUCUUCAAACAUAAUCGCGAGAUCCAAAAAACGUAUGAUACGUAUCCGUUAAUUCUACGGUGCCGGCCAUCGCCCCGGUCCUUGACUCUUCAAGCAACGUUUGAUCCGGCGAUACUGGAACCACAGCAGACGGAUCGUAUUUUGCAUCAGCUGACACACAUCUACUGUCAAAUAGAGGGGCAUCCCGAAUUAAAACUGUCCGAAGUCAACAUACUCAGCCCUAAAGAUCGACAGUGCCUCUCUGCCUGGAACUUCCCAAUUCCCUCAGUCGUAAAGAAAACAGUACCCGAGCUGAUUCACGAGAUGGCUCUGAAACAGCCCCAAAAGGCGGCGAUAUAUAGCUGGGAUGGCAAUCUCACUUAUGAUCAGCUUGACCGCCUCUCACAUGCUCUUAUGAUUCAAUUCAAGAAACAUGGCGUCACGCCAGGCGUCUUCGUCCCGCUCUGUCUGGAGAAGUCAAUGUGGAUGGGACUUGCGAUGUUAGCAGUCAUGAAGGCUGGCGGAGCCUUUGUGUUACUUGAUCCAUCCUAUCCACUGGCCCGGCUGCGUCAGAUGUGUGAGGUUGUUAAAUCAUCUUUAGUGGUCAGCAUGAAUAAGACCCGCAGCCUCGCAUCACGACUCGGGCUGCAGGGUUUAGUGAUCGACGAGGAAGAUCCUCGUUUGCUGCUUGAACGUAUUCGGACCUAUGAUAUUAGCAGCCCGGUAGCCAGCUGCUCCACCCAAGACCCCAUGUAUGCUACAUUUACCUCUGGCUCGACAGGGGCCCCCAAAGGCGUGGUGGUCGAUCAGGGAGGGUACACAACAAGUGCUACAGCUCAUGCAAAACAAUACAACUUCUCAGAACAUUCCCGUGUUCUGCAAUUCGCCUCCCCGGGGUUCGAUUCAUGUAUCAUUGAGCAUAUUAGUACCCUUAUUGAGGGUGGAUGCGUCUGUGUUCCAAAUGGUGAUGAGUGCCGCAGCCGCCUGGCGCACACGAUCAAUAUGUAUGGUGUGAACAACGUUUGCCUCACACCGUCUGUAGCACGGAUCCUUUCCCCCGAAGAACUUCCUACACUUCAGGACCUUGCCUUUGUCGGUGAGGCUGUCCUUGAUGGUGACAUUGCACGGUGGAAGCCAUUUGUCCAUGUGCGGAACGCAUAUGGUCCAGCAGAAUGCUCGGCUGUGUUUAGCGUUCAGCCAAGUCUGACCGUUCAUGAUCCGAAAAACAUUGGCUUCCCUACGGGUGGCGUCGGCUGGGUCGUGCAUCCUGAAAACCCCCAAGUCUUGAUGCCAGUGGGUAGUACUGGCGAGUUGUUGAUCGAAGGCCCAAUUGUUGGACCCGGAUAUCUCUCCAACCCUUUUCUCACAGCUCAAAGCUUCAUUCAUCCCCCGAAAUGGAGGGAGCAGUUUGGCGACGCCCAUGGCCGCAUGUACAAGACUGGCGACCUUGUGCAGACCACAGAUACUGGAAGCUUUCGUUAUUUAGGGCGCAAGGAUACUCAAGCGAAGCUCCACGGACAGCGCAUUGAGUUAGGUGAAAUAGAGUACCUGUUGCAACAAGUUGCUUUCACCGAUGCUCCACAAGUAGUUGUGGGGAUAGUACAUCACGACAAUAUCCACCCUCCAGUAAGCACACUUGCUGCGUGUAUCUGUUGGUCAGCCGCGUCAGAUGUUGCAGAUGAUCAAGUGCUGGAUGGUGGUGUUUUCCUGGCUCCUAACGACGCAUUCCGCCACGCAACUUCGGUUGCUGAAUCUCGAUUAUCGAACUUGCUGCCCUCGUUCAUGAUCCCCAAAUUGUUUCUUCCGGUUCAUCGCAUGCCGCUAACCCCAAGUGGAAAACUGGACCGUCGUCAGCUACUAGCACACGCUGGCACACUCUCUGCUGACACCGUGAAAUCUUACCGAGUGGCGCCGUGUUCAUCACAGCCUCCUUCUACUCCCGAGGAAGUCCUCCUGCAAAGCAUCUGGGCCCAGGUCCUGAACAAAAAUGCAGACGAGGUUGGUAUAGCUGAGAGCUUCUUCAACCUCGGUGGGGACUCGGUGAGCGCCAUGCAAGUUGGAGCCAACUGCCAAGCUGCUGGUUAUAGAGUCAGUGUCGCCGACAUAUUUCAAUUUCCUACCAUAGCUCAGUUGGCACACAAUAUGAAACUGGUCAGCAGCAAUCACCCCGGUGUCACCAAAGAAUAUCCAGAGGAGGCCUGGUUCGGGCUCUCCCCCAUCCAAAAGUUGUUCUUUGAGUUAUGCCCAGGUGGGCAUAAUCGCUUUACUCAGCAAUUCCUGCUCCGCCUUUCGCGGCGUCAGGACAACGCCCGUGUCUGGAAGGCAAUAGAAGCAAUUGUCCGUCGACAUUCUAUGCUACGGGCUCAGUUUCACCGUCCCCCUUCUGGACCUUGGGAGCAAAGGAUACGUAAAUAUGGUCCGAGCUGUUUUAUCUUUCGGGAACAUACCCUGCAGCGCCUCGACAUUGGUAUACAGGAGAUCCUAGUAGAGAGUCAAGGCCUGCUAGACAUCAGGACUGGGAGAUUACUUGUUGUGGAUAUCAUAACCACAUCGGCAGGCGAGCAAUACAUGUCACUGAUGGCGCAUCAUCUGGUGAUAGACCUGGUGUCUUGGCGCGUCCUCCUGCAAGAUCUAGAAGACUUCUUAACCACAGGUGCCUUAGCAGGCCCGGGCCCUCUAUCCUUUCAGCAAUGGUGCCAUCUUCAAGAAGAGUAUGUGGCAGAAUGUCUUGAGCCGCGAAAAGCAUUGCCAACCGAGGCCCCUCCAGCACCCCUGUCCUAUUGGGGUGGGCAAUCGUUGGUAGACAGGAACACCUGGGCAGAGGCAACCCAGCAUUCAGUCACUCUCUCACCACAGGUGACCCAGGCAAUCUUGGGUCAUGCUAAUGAUGCCUUUCGCACUCGCCCGGUCGAGUUGAUACACGCUGCCCUGCUGUAUUCCUUCCUCCAAAUAUUCGACGAUCGACAACCUCCCGCCAUAUAUACAGAGGGCCAUGGCCGUGAGCCAUGGGAUUCGCACAUCGACCUGUCCCGCACUGUGGGUUGGUUCACGACCCUGGCUCCUGUAUGGGCCCCAGUGAGCAAGGAUGAAGACAUAUCCACAUUUGUGUUGCGCGUGAAAGAAGCUCGCCGUGCAAUUCCAGCUAAUGGAUGGACAUAUUUUUCUUCACGCUAUCUACACCCACAAGGGCGCGAGUACCAUCAGGGGCAAUCGCCCAUGGAGAUUCUAUUUAACUAUACGGGAUUGUUUCAGCAGCUGGAGCGUCAAGAUGCACUUCUAGAGCUUGCUGCAAUUCCCGACCAUGGAAUGAUCCAGAUGCCAGAUGACAUGCCUCGUUUUGCCCUCAUCGAUGUGUCUGCGCUGGUAAUGAAUGGCCAACUUAAUAUCUCAUUUUUAUAUAAUCGACACAUGUGGCACCAAGCAAACCUUGAAAAAUGGUUCCACGAAUGUGAGAGGACAUUUGAGAACCUGCCAAAAGCGCUCAGAGGGCAUCGACAACUUGCUCCUUCCGACUUUCCACUCUUGUCGCUUGGCAACCGUGAGCAAUUCGAGAAAUUGAUGGUUGACAUCGGUCGUCGGGUCCGUCUUUCAGAGAUUGAAGAUAUUUACCCAUGCUCACCAGCUCAGAUUGGCAUGUGGUUAAGUCAAACCAGAGAUCCCCAAAAAUAUUGGUCACGACUGCAAUGGUCAUUGUACCCAUCCACAGACCACGGCACGUCCGUGAGUAUUUCUCAGGUCAAGCUAGCCUGGCAAAAAGUGGUCAACCUCCAGCCAAUCCUUCGGACCGUAUUCUUUGCGGAUCCAAGUCAAGGAUGUGAGCCUUUACAAGUAGUCCUCAGGACAGCAAAGGCAGAUAUGGAGGACGGCGAAGUUCAAACAUGGGCACCUGAGGACGAAAUGACCCCUUUGCUUGUUGAUCACUGCGGCAAAUCUGGUAACAGAGUGACACCUGCUCACCGACUUAAAGUCCACUCAAUGUUAGAUAAUAGUGUCCGCUGUGAGUUAGUUAUUAACCACAUGCUAAUCGACGGUUGUACACAACAAAUCCUUCUCACGGAGCUUCAACGGGCAUAUGACGACCUAGGGCCUGGGCCUGUUACUCCCCCAUACAGUGAUUAUAUCAGUUAUAUCAAUGGCCAGUCCGAGGUAGAAUCAAAGGCAUAUUGGCAACGGUAUCUAGAUGGAGUUCAACCAUGUCUCUUUCCUCGGCUGAGUCCUCUGUCUGAUCAGAAAGCACUCCGCUCCUUGCGUUUUACAUUGGACACUGCUCAGUGUUUACGAGACUUCUGUCAACGCCAUACUACCACUAUUCCGAAUCUUUUUCAGGUGGCCUGGGGUCUUUUGCUACAAGCAUAUACAGGGUCCGACAGUGUGUGCUUUGGGUUCUUGGUGUCGGCCCGAGAUAUUCCUAUCCCUAAUGUCCAGGAGAUUGCAGGCCCUAUUAUCAAUCUUCUUGUGUGCAAGCUUUCUUUUGAUCCCCUAGAAUCGAUCACCUCAACACUUGCAAAUAGUCAGGCCGCGUAUGGUCGUGGCCUGGAUAACAGACAUAGUCCACUACCCGAUAUUAUGCACUCUCUUGGCCUGACAGGUCGACCACUUUUCAACACAGCACUAUCGCUGCAGAAGGCAAACGAUAGAACAACGCCAUUAUCGCCUAGUACGGUGGUCAAAAACCAGGAUGGCUGCGAUGCAACGGAGUACGAGUUGACCCUCAAUAUCAUGGAGCGAGAGAAGACUAUAGAGGCAGAGUUGAGCUAUUGGUCGUAUAUGUUUACAGAAUUGCAAGCCGAGCUGAUCUCUGGCACUUUCCAGCAUAUCGUCUGGCAGCUUGUAUCUGGAGUGUCGAAUCAGCUGGGUCAGCUUGGCCUGGUCAGUCAGUUGAAUUGGGAUUGCGUCAUGGAUUGGAACAAGCAAGCCCCGAUUAGUAUGCGAGGCUGCAUUCACGAUGAAAUAACACAUUUCGCCGUCAAAAACCCUGCGUCGCCUGCAGUGACUGCGUCUGAUGGAUCCUUGACCUAUGCGGAGUUAGACCGAUUUUCAACCAUACUAGCGGAGCGCCUCUCCGAGCGUGGAGUCGGUCCUGAUAUCUUUGUGCCGAUAUAUGCAGAUAAGUCCCGAUGGGUAAUUGUCGGGGUACUGGCAGUCCUGAAGGCCGGUGGUGCAUUCGUGUUAUUGGAUCCGUGUCACCCCAUGGAGCGGCUGCGAGAGAUACUGAAGAAUGACAUCCACAGUCAACUCAUUCUCACUUGCGCAAGGCUCGCAUCCCUAGCAAGGACAAUUUCGGAUACUGUGAUUGUGCUUGAACAGCUUGGCAGCGAGGUCAACGCAAGAAUGCAUCGUAUACCCCCAGCCGUGGCGCGUGUGUGCCCAGCUACCGCGGCGUAUGCAGUCUUUACCUCUGGCUCCUCAGGGAAGCCGAAAGCCAGUGUGGUGGGCCACGAAUCGUAUAUCACAGGUGCAAGAGCACACAGUAAAGCACUCGGUCUGGCUGAGGGCUCUCGGGUGCUUCAGUUCGCAUCAUUUGCCUUCGAUGCAUCGGUCAUGGAGAUACUUACCACGCUUAUGGUGGGCGGUUGCAUCUGUAUACCUUGUGACAAAGACCGGCAAGAGAGACUUCUUGACUUCAUACAGGAGGCCCAGGUCGACUGGGCAUUGCUCACCCCCUCCGUAGCACGAACCCUUGACCCCGGGAAGGCAGCAGCUCUGAAGACUCUUGUUCUAGGUGGAGAAAGUCUGUCGUCUGCUGACGUGCAAAAAUGGUCCCCAUAUGUGAGGUUGAUGAGCGCCUACGGACCUUCUGAGUGUUCCGUUAUUGCGACUGUACAGGAUUCUACAGCGGCAUUGAUGAAUGAACCAACCAAUAUAGGCCGCCCCACCGGUGCACGAGCUUGGGUAACCGACCGAAAUGAUUCAGACCGAUUGGUCCCUGUCGGCGCCGUAGGGGAACUGCUCCUCGAGGGGCCCAUUGUAGGCCAGGGGUACCUAGGUCGGCCGGAGCUUACGGCUGCCACCUUCGUUUAUGACAUGCCCUGGCUGAACCACGUAUCCUGCUCACCGGAUAGACCCCUUUACAAGACCGGUGACCUUGUCAGAAUGCUCAUUGAUGGAACAUUGAUGUAUAUGGGACGCAAGGAUCGUCAAAUAAAGCUACGUGGACAGCGAAUUGAGCUGGCGGAAGUAGAAUAUCAUGUGCGACAUUGUUUUCCUGGGACGCCGGAUGUCUUCGCCGACGUCGUGGCGAGUAAUGAUUCGGAUCAAGCGUACUUGAUUGCAGCAGUCUCGCAGCCCACUCAAGAUCAAGAUGCGUUUGUGUCUGCCGUGUCGAUCGCGGAGAGCCAUUUGCAAAGAGCUGUACCUCCCUUCAUGCGUCCGUCAUUUUUAUUCCGCCUUCAAGAGGUGCCGCGACUACCUAGUGGAAAGGUAGACAGAUCCCGCAUACGGCAACAAGGCAUAAAUUUGAUGCAGAAGCAACGACAUAAAUGCAACAACGUUGUGAAGGAUUGGAAAGCAACGGACUUUAGUCCAGAGGAGCAAGCACUACGGGAGCUGUGGUCCCAACUGUUGCACUGCCGCGUGGGAGCUAUUGGACCCGAGGAUGACUUCUUCUCCCUGGGAGGUGAUUCCAUUACGGCGAUGAGGUUAGUUUCGGCAGCUCGCACACGGAGUCUUCAUGUUGCUGUGGCCGAUGUAUUUGCGCAUUCUCAGCUUCGCGAGCUAGCUAGGUCUCUCACUCGCCAUGGCCAGGGACCACAUGGAUACGAACCAACCAGGCCACAUGUUACCCCGUUUUCGCUCAUUCCAUACGGCCGCAAAGCAGAAAUACAGAACCAGGCUAUGAUACAAUGCAGCGUUGAUCAGGCAGAUAUAGAAGACAUCUACCCUUGCACGGCGAUACAGGCCGGGAUGGCAGCCAUGACAGCGGAACGAGCGGGAGCAUAUGUUGCCCAUCACGAGUACAGUAUUCCAGCAGAUAUCAACUUCGUACGUUUACGCUAUGCGUGGGAGAAGGUGGCCACCCAUCAUCCUAUUCUUCGCACUCGUCUCAUUCAGACAACGGAUCUUGCUUGCUGGCAAGUUAUUGUCCGUAACCAGGAAUUAGGAUGGGUCGAAUCGCAGAUCUUGGAAACAGAAGACUUUGCCCUGGGAGGGCUAGAUCCCAUAGGCAAUCGUGACCAUGGAAUAUUCGGCAUUCCAUUGUUCCAUGUAAGGGUCACUAGAGGGGCUACUUGCAAGAUGACUCUCACAAUGCAUCAUGCAGUGUACGAUGCGUGGUCACUGCCACAAUUCCUCCACUGCGCCCACAUGGCCUAUGUUUCCGAUGAGUACCUCCCAAGUAACCCGGUUCCUUUUCAACACUUCAUUGAAUACACCUGCUCGCAAGUCGAGCGUUCACUGGCCCACUGGCGGGCCGAAUUCAACGGUUUGGAUACUGAGCCAUUCCCCAUGGUUCCCUCAAUAUCGUAUCGAGCCAAGGCAUUAAGCCAGGUUGAGCAUUCCAUACCAACUGGGGUAAUCAAAGAGACUAGCGUCACACGCACCGCUGCUGUUCGGCUCGCGUGGGCAUUACUCCAAGCACAGUACCAGAGCAAGUCAGAGAUUGUUUAUGGUGUUGUCUCCUCAGGACGAACAGCUCCUGUUCCGGGUGUCGAAACGAUAAGCGGCCCCACAUUAUGUGCAUUCCCCCUGCGAGUUAGCAUCAACACAAACGAGAAGCUUGGCAAGGCUCUGAAGAAUCUCCAAGCACGAGUUGCUAACUUCGCCUCCUUUGAACAUGUUGGCUUGCAGCAGAUCGCGAAGUUGGGGCCAGAAGCAAUGCGUGCCUGUUCCUUCCAAACGUUGCUGAAUGUUGAGCCAGCGGAGGAUCUUGUUGACAGCCCGGCUUAUAAGAGCCUGUUUGACUCUAUGGGUGUCAAAGCCAGGGACGGGGCGUUUGCAACAUAUGCUAUAGUGCUCAACUGUGUAUUGAAGGCCGAUUCUAUCACAGUUACAGCUACGUUCGAUGAUCAGGUUGUCUCCCGUUGGAAGAUGCGACAUAUCAUUAACCAGUUCAGUCAUAUCCUGCAAAAUGUUCACCAACGACCGCAGUCACCAGUACGCGACAUCCUUGGAGAGCUUAAUCCGUUCAGUAUGCAGCAAUUAAAGAACUGGAAUGGUGCAAUCCCAGACAUGGUGUGUGAAACAGUGCCUGGGGCCAUACAAACGCAGUGCUCCCGGCAGCCACUUGCUCCAGCAGUUUGUAGCUGGGAUGGCAGCUUCACGUAUAUUGAUCUUGACAGAUGGUCCAAUAAGGUCGCCAGCCUUUUGCAACGUCGUAAUGUCCAUCCGAAGAGCAUAGUUCCCGUACUUAUGGACCGGUCCCGUUGGGUGAUGGUGGCCAUGCUAGGCAUCAUCAAAGCAGGAGCAGCCUUUGUCUUACUAGAACCGUCAUACACUUUCGCCCGCCUCCGGCUUAUUUGCAAUGACAUAGACGCCCCAGUCAUAUUGACCAGAGCACAAAACGCGAAGGCGGCACAAGCACUGGUCUCGGAUACCAUAGUGGUUGAUGAGAGACUCGGAGACGGUUCACCGAACAUCACAACUGAUAGUCAUGCGUGGUCUCCGAGUCCGAAUGACGCCCUGUAUUGUGUCUUUACAUCUGGUUCAACUGGCAAGCCGAAAGGCAUCAUUAUCAAUCAUGGACCAUUUGUCACAAUGAGUCAAGAGUACGCGCGGCGGACAAGAAUCAGGCCUGAUGCCCGAAUUUUGCAUUUUGGGUCAUAUGCAUUUGACGUCAGUAUCCUGGAAACGCUGAGCACACUCAUCGCAGGUGCUUGUGUCUGUGUUCCAUCAGACGCAGGCCGCAAAGAGCGAUUCGCCGAAGCAAUACAAGAUCUUCGACCCUCACAUGCGUUGUUAACGCCGUCACUAGCUCGUGUAUUGCCGCAGAAUUCCCUGGGCUCUGUGCAUACCUUAAUGCUAGUCGGAGAGGCCGCUCGGCGCGAUGACCUCGUCAAGUGGAUUGGGAAGCUGCACCUAAUGAAUCUCUACGGACCCGCCGAAUGCACCAUCUUGUCAAGCAUGCAAUCCAACUGCACCCUUGAGACCACGCCAGCCAGUAUCGGACAUCCCGUUGCUAGCAUUGGAUGGAUCACUGACCCCCGAAACCCUUAUCAACUGGCCCCCAUCGGUGCUGUGGGCGAGCUAGUUUUGCAGGGCCCUCUACUUGGCCGGGGAUACCUGAACGACCCAGAUCAAACAGCUGCCGCGUUCUUCAGGGGACCAGAAUGGUUAGAUGGUUUGGGUUUAGAGAACGAUGUGAGUCGAUCUAAGGUGUACCGCACUGGUGAUCUGGUCUGCUACGAGGAUGACGGCUCGCUGGUGUACCAUGGACGGAAGGACACACAGGCAAAGCUACGAGGCCAGCGCUUGGAACUUCAAGGGGUUGAGGAGCAGAUUCAGCGAUCAUUUCCAGGGAUACUGACUGACGUUGUUGCUGAAAUUGUAACCCCCAUUGAUGUCCGGGCAGUCCCCUGUUUGGUUGCUUUCCUCUCCGUUGGAGGGAAAGGGCAGGCCACCGAAAAGCCUCCCGAGUUCGGUGAACAGCCACUUGACGUCGUUUCAAUCCCCAACUUUCCUGACCACGCCAAGAUGACCGAAGCCAGACUGACAGAAAGUCUCCCAGACUAUAUGAUACCCAGUAUCUUCGUUGCCUUACGGCAAAUGCCUCGUACUGUCGGCGGCAAAGUCGACCGCCGGGGACUAAGACAGGCAGCUUCAUCGAUGACACGUCAGCAGCUGGCGUUGGGGAGUACCAGCACCGCUUCAGGAAAGCAGAAGGCAAUGUCAUCUGACACGGAACGGCUUCUGCAGUCAAUCUGGGCGCGAGCUCUUGGGAUUGCGCCCGAGAAUAUCGGAGCAGAAGACAGCUUCUUCCGAUUAGGCGGGGAUUCCAUAUCUGCUAUGCAGGCCACGAGCCAAGCCCGUGCAGCAGGUAUUGAACACGCCGUGGCGGACCUCUUCCGGUGGAAGUCCAUCCGGCGUAUCGUGGAGAAAUUCGCCAACCUCAUACAUGUACCUCAAGCGAUUGGGCACCAGGGGGCCGAACAGGGCCGCCAAGAGGAAGAUGUCGGUGCCGGUGUCGAAACAUCUUCGGAUGACAAGGCCGAGGAACUCUUACCUUGUACGCCUGUGCAACGGGGAAUAUUGCUGACCCAAAUGCAAGACCCUCUCAGUUAUGCUCCCCAUUUCAUUUGGAAGGUCAGGGGGAACUCCGCUACACCAGUCGAUGUUGCUCGUGUGGCAAGAGUAUGGCAACAGGUCGUAGACCGACAUUACGCCCUGAGAGUCGUAUUCGAAAAUGAUACCCGGGUAGAUGGUGAUGGUUUCAGGCUUCGGCUGUUCCGUCACAUCGAUGCACCUGUUUACAUUCUUUCUGAGUCGCCAAUCGACAGCAAGGGCUUGCCUGUCUGCCUUACUCAGGAGGGUGUCCGACGAGAUAGUGAUAUCCCACACCAAUUUACCAUUUGCCACUCGGCAGAUGGAUCCAUCUUCUGCCGGCUGGAUAUUAACCAUGCCAUUAUCGAUGCCACGUCCGUCUCGUUGCUAAUGCAGGACCUAAUGUCCCUUUAUGAUGAACAAGUCCUCUCCGACGGUGCGCAGGAUGCGUAUCGCGAUUAUCUUCAUUUCGUCCAUAGGCAGCCACAAGAACCUGCGCGCGCGUACUGGAGCUCGUACCUGAUGGGAAUGCAGCCUAUGUCCCUUCCGUAUCCUUUGACGGCGGGUGACAAGACUAUCAAGCCUCUAGAGCGGUUAGAGGUCCCUCUUGCCUGCAGUGGGUCGGAUAUUAACACGUUCUGUCGACGGACAGACUGGACUGCAUCAAACCUCCUCUAUUUUGCUUGGGCCAUAACCUUAGGCGUCUUCUCCGGGUCGGACGAUGUCUGCUUUGGGGCUCUGACCGAGGGCCGCCAUGUCCCAGUGCAAAACAUUCAGUACACGGUUGGCCAGAUAGCCAACAUGGCAGUGUGUCGAGUACGUCUGACGCCGCAUAUAACCCUUGAUCAGGCUGCUCUUUCUCUGCAAGAAAGCUAUGGCCACAUCCUAUCCUUCCAAACCUUCCCGUUAUCGGAGAUCGCACGAGCAGCAGGUGUCACGGUGCAAGAGCUGGCAUCCACGGCCAUCAAUGUCCAGUAUGCCCUUUCGGAUACCAGAUCAGAACAAUCUAAAUGCUCCCUCACGUUCGAACCAGUAGGUGGACUUGAUCCAACUUCGCAAGACAUUAUGCUCUAUGCCUUGAUAGACCAAAAUGGAGGUGUGCGAGUAUCUAUGUCAUAUCGCCCCUCUCGAGUCUCAACCGUCAUGGCCACGCAAUUAGCAGACUACUUUUCUGAGGCUGUUUCAGUUAUCCUCCGGAAUCCCUGUGCGAAGAUUGGUGAAUUAAACCUUCUAAGUGUCAAUGACCAUGAGCGAUUGCUGCGUUGGAACACUGCACUGUGCGAGCCACAACUCCAAUGUGUACAUCAGGCAAUUACCCAAUGUGCCUGGCGACAGCCGAGGGCUCUGGCUGUCUGUGGAUUCGAUGGGUCUCUCAGCUAUGCUGAGUUGGAGAGCCAGAGUACACAAUUGGCUGAAUUUAUGGUUGCCCGCGGAGUAACGCCAACAACAUACGUUCCCCUAUGUUUUGAAAAGUCACGAUGGACGACAGUGGCGAUGCUGGCUGUGAUGAAGGCCGGUGGUACUUUCGUGCCAUUAGACCCAACACAUCCUAUCACCAGGCUUCAGGAGCUUUGCCGGCGCGUAGAUGCACGCUUCGUUCUUACUUCAGUGGCUCAAGCACAUAUGGGUCCGAAGUUAGCAAACGACGCAAUUGUGGUGGGGCAUGGGAACUAUGACCACUGCGCGAGAACGGUGAACCUACCAACAAUGGUUGAUCCAGAAAAACCAGCGUAUGUGCUCUUCACGUCAGGAACUACUGGAUCUCCCAAAGGAGUGAUGAUCCCACAUGUAUCGUUUCUUGCUGCUGCGCAGGCGCAGAUGCGAGCCUUCUCCAUUGGCCUCGGGUCCCGCGUGUUACAAUUCUCUUCGUACGCAUUUGAUGUGUCUGUGAUGGAAAUCCUCACGACGUUAAUCGCGGGAGGUACAGUGUGCGUCAUUUCCGAACCAGAGCGCAGUCGCAUGCUGCUGGAUGGUGCCUGUCCGAUAACCGUUACCCACGCAUUUUUGACGCCAUCCAUUGCGGGAAUGCUGGACGCCAGCAAAGCAUCUUGGAUAGAAACACUUGUCCUCCUGGGUGAACCCAUGUCCACCUCGCAUAUUCAACAAUGGGCUAAUGCCUGUCACUUGAUGAACGCUUACGGACCAACCGAGUGCUCUGUCUUGAAUACCGCAACAUCCCGUAUUGUCCCCGGCUGCGAUCCGAAGGACAUGGGCUACGCACUAGGGGUACACUUCUGGGUGGUCGACCAGAAUGACCACCAUCGACUACUUCCCAUCGGUGCUAUUGGAGAGUUGGUUAUCGGUGGUCCACCCGUCGGUUUGGGCUACAUCAAUGACCCCAAGAGGACUGCCGACGCCUUCAUUGAGCCCCCGAGUUGGUUACGAUCACUCUUCCCGAAGGACGUACCUUGCUGGCGUCUGUACAAGACUGGUGACUUGGUCCGAUAUAACACCUCGGAUGGUACUUUACGCUACGAAGGCCGGAAAGACCGACAGAUCAAGGUGCGUGGGCAGCGCGUAGAGCUCGAGGAUAUCGAGUAUCAUACGGCCCGUUGCUUUCCUGGGGCAGCAGACGUAGUUACCGAGCAGAUCGUGCUCCCGCAGGAUUCAGCCCCGGCUUCGGGUGGUGAGUCCUCAGUGCACUCACGAAUAGUCGCCUGUAUCCACCGGAAAGGCUUCGCUGAACAAUCAACGUCGAAUUCCUCGCUAGAGCGUGACGUGUUAGCCGCCCCAAGCCGGGAAUUCGACGACGACGCAGCGAUCGCAGCCCAACGGCUUCGAGAGGUCCUCCCCAGCUUCAUGGUUCCUGAUAUGUUCUUGCCCAUGAUCUAUGUCCCACGUCAAAAAUCAGGCAAGACAGAUCGUCGACGUUUGCGAGAGGCAAUAGUAGCACUCCACCUCAAGGAUUGCCAACCCGCCUCAUGCACCACAGAACCAAGCAAGCGAUCAUUUCAAACCGUCACUGAGAAGAAGUUCCAUAUGAUUUUAAGCCAGCUUCUCAAGCUCGCUCCGCAUAUGAUCGGUGCCGAUGACAGCCUCUUCCAUCUUGGCGGCGAUUCGAUUAUCGCUAUGAAGAUUGCCGCCCAUGCCCAGGCUGCUGGUCUUGAUAUCAACCCUCAUGAAGUCCUUCGAAAUCCUACUAUUCGGAGCUGGGCUUGUGUCGUAGAUGGGAAACAUGCCCCAGUUGCCGUUGCACCAAAGAGCCCGCCUAUAUCGCUCGUUGCGGACUCUCAUUCGGCAGAAAUCUUCCGGUCCUUCUUCAACAACGCGCCUCCUUUCAGCCAUGAUAAUGUGCAGAGCAUUCUGCCUGUACUAGAUAAUCAAUCUUACUACCUAAAUUCUUCGUCUAUUGUGAACUUCGCAGAACUAUUCUCAACGUCUCUUAACACCAAUCGUCUGCGGAAGGCAUGCCGCACAGUGGUAUCCCAGUACAGCAUUUUGCGGACGGUCUUUGUCACCGUGGACCACCAGUGCUUCCAGGUGAUCCUACGGAAUUUUGAGCCAGAGUUUACUGAAGUGGAAGUUGAAGACGCAGAAGUAUACCUACAGUUAGAAACGAAGCGACAAGUGGCUCCGUCUACGCCACUGGGAACUGUUCCGGUAAGCUUCUCCGUGCUAACAAGCACGUCGUCCACAAAAUGCGCCUUUAUUGCGCGGAUCUCCCAUGCUCAGUACGACGGCGCUUGCCUCCCCAUCCUCUGGAAUGCGAUUAAAUCUGCCUACAACGGGGAGCCACUACCAGCUGCCACCGAAUUGGCCGAUGUUGUGCAUCAUCGCCUGGGGAAAGAGCACCCUCGCAGCUUAUCAUUUUGGACCGACUACCUCCGAGGAGCUUCCUCCACAGCUCUGGAUCCGCUGUGCAUUACUUCGCUACCCAAUCCACCUGGAGACACUAUGUCGCCUACUACUGCCCGGAGAGAGAUACGCCGGCCAGUGCCUAUGGCUGGCGCAACGGUCGCUACGCUUAUCAAGGCAGCUUUAGCGUGGCUCUUUGCACGAUACCAAUCGCAAUAUGAUAUAAUCCUCGGCCAGGUGGUCCAUGGGCGCGGGUCUGACCUUCCGAACAUUGACAAGGUCUUUGGACCUUGCCUCACAUUCCUCCCAAUUCGCAUCACUACUGAUCCGAAUUGGACGGUAUCCGAUCUCUUACGCCACACUCAAGCCCAGCAAGUUGCAACGGUGCCGCACGAUGCGGUAGCCCUCCGGGAUAUUGUUCGGCAAUGCACCAACUGGCCGGAAGAUGUCAAAUUCGGAUGUCUUGUGCAUCAUCAGCCCCUCCAAUCUGCAAAUGAGCCGCUGGCACUAGGCAGCCUGAGUUCAUAUUCGAAUAUCACCUGGGCCAGCUCUCGGCCACCGGCUGGUCAGGUCGAUGUGAUCUCGAUUGAGCGCCAGGACUCCCUUGAUCUGGUCAUCGCUAGUCCUGAAAAUGUCCUAGAUCAGACUAGCAUCGAGUGGAUGGCGGAUCGGUUAUCAGAAGCCAUCGAAUUGUUCUGCCAACUUCCUCAUCGUAACUUGACUGAGCUUGAACUGGACAGGGUAGACCCCGUGGAUGUGCUCAAGGGGUUGUCUCCGUCUUUCCCUACAGUCGUGUCAUCAGCAGAGUGCGAGUAA